UUUUCCUUCGCAGAGAAAUGGGAACAUCCGCAGCACGCCGAGGUUCUCGGAGCUCUGGAUCUGGGAGGUGCCUCGACACAAAUAACCUUCCAGCCUGGAGCCACCAUUGAGGACAAGAACACCUCGGUCUUCUUCAGGCUGUACGGCACCAACUACUCGCUCUACACCCACAGCUACCUCUGCUAUGGGCAGAAACAGGCCUUGAAGAGGCUCAUGGCAAAUCUCCACCAGGACAGCCUGCCUUCCCAGCAGAUAUCCCACCCCUGCUACCCCAAGGGCUAUCAGGAGAACGUCAACACAUCCGAGCUCUACGACAGCCCCUGUGUGCAGGCAGCCAGCACACCCAGCCCUGCACAGCUCCUCACGGUGACGGGGACAGGGGACCCAGCAGAGUGCAGCAAGGCUGUCCAGAAGCUCUUCAACUUCAGCUGUGGGGCCAACAGGACGUGCGGGUUCAACGGGGUGUAUCAGCCACCCCUGCGGGGACAGUUCUUCGCCUUCGCUGGGUUCUACCACACCUUCCACUUCCUGAACCUGACCAGCCAGCAGUCUUUAAACGACACCUUCUCCACAGUCGAGACCUUCUGCAAGAAGGACUGGACAGAGCUGCUGGAGACCUUCCCCCAGGAGCAGGAGCACCUCCCCGAGUACUGCCCCACGGCCAUUUACAUCUUGGCGCUGCUGAUCGGUGGCUACAAGUUCAAUGAGCACACGUGGAGCAGGAUCCACUUCAGCCAGCAGGCAGCAAACACGGACAUCGGAUGGACGCUGGGCUUCAUGCUGAACUUGACCAACAUGAUCCCCACGGAGGCUCCGGAAUACGUCAAGGGGCACCAGCCCAGUCUGUGGGCAGGUUCUGUCUCCUUCAUAGUGCUGGCCAUAGUGGCAGGUCUGGUGGCCAUUUUCCUCCAGUGUUUUUGGAAAACCAAGUAG